AUGGCUUCACAGCCAGGUGCCAAUGUAUACACAACCUGGGCAGAACAGAUCCUAGCAUCAUCAGUUAGGAAUAAUAAAUUCCAUAUGCAUGAUCAGCGUAAUGAAAUUCCUGUUAAUGAAUUAAAGGACUUUCUUUCGAAAAUUUUGAUCGAAGCAAACACAAAUAUAAUGCAUUCACGCUUCAAAGCCGCAAUAACACAACUCUACCACAAUUUCGCUAAAAAACACAAUCACCAUUAUAAUAAUGAUGACCUAAACUACGCAAAACAAUGUUGGAUACAUUUCCCCGUGGAAAUGUGGUUCAUUAUAUUUAAAGCCAGCCACAAAAUACAGUCCAUAGUGGAGCUCACAAGUUAUGUAAGGAAACUAACCCUUAAGGAACGUUUAAAUUUGAUUUUUACAAUAUAUAAUCUCAUUCCCAAUCAGCUCAAACAAGAAGAUGAUGUGCCACAAAUUCACGAUUCAACUGGACGGGCACAAUCGAAUGAAUCCUUUGGAUUCAUCAUUAAGGUGUUUGAACACACUAAAAUUAGCAUUAAAAAGCGUAAAAUUAAACACAAAGGAUUUAAAUUGUGUAUUGUCAAAUGGGCUAAUGAUCGCAAAGUAAAUAGUACAAAUGAACCUUUGCGUUCCAAUGGAUUGAUUAAGUGUAAAACAUCAAUAUGGAGCUUAAAUAGGGAUUUGAGUAAAAAUACAAUAAUGAAAGCCAAUCUAAUCAUUGAAUGUCUAAUUUUUCUGUGCGAAUUGGCAAGGGGAUUCGAUGAUUUGCCGAUAAUUUCAUACAAUCGAAUAUCAAUAGAUAAAAUACCUAUAUACAAAAGGUCAAAUGGACCACUAUUUCGAGUAAGAUUGACAAUUGUACAAUAUGAAAAAUGGAAUUUAAAUUUUUGUUUCGCCGACUUAAAUCUGACCUUUUUGAUCUCAAUGAAAAAGGCAUCACUCAAACAAAUUGGAAAUAUGAGCGAACUUAAUAAUUUAAAGUGGUUAGAGGAGUAUAAACAAUGCUUUCAUGUCAAGCAAAACUAUAUGCAUGACGAGGUACAUCCGCUACUAUCGUGUGUAUAUUUAUUUAAAGAUAUAAACUUCUCGCAUAUAUACAAGAGCUAUGCUCUGGACAAUAGCAACAUUAUCCUACCACACCGGCCUCAAUUUCCCCUAAUUAGUUCCAUAAUAAACAUAUCAAAGUGUUGUUUAUCCCGACGAAAUGUUAAUACUUUGGACAUUAAGGACAUCCCCUCCAUUGGAUCGUCCGAACAGCAAAUGAAUAUCACCAACAUAUACAGCGAUAUAUUGUACACAAUAGACCUAUUGUUUGAACAGUCGCAAUCAAAUAUACAAUUUCCGGCUAACACUAUAUUGCCUUCAAUUAAUACAAUUCUAGAGUGGACUUUGGUACUAGUUUUGUCCACGGUAUACGAUUCCACGCUUCUAUAUAACGUUAUUAUCAGAUUGACAUUGUUUGGUAUGGAACUAACUCCAUUGAAUAAUUUAGAUGGUGUAUUGCCAAACUUUACAUGUGAUUACUUAAAAUUUGGAUUCGAUCCCGCAGAAUUGGACAUAUGUCACCUAGAUACUCAAUUGUUGCUCAUACAUAAAUUGACCAGUAAAUCACACAAACUUUCAAAUUUGGAAUAUAUACUUACUGACAUAAAUAAAUUAGUUGGUAACAAUAUUAAUCCUGCGGCUAUAGGAGCGAAGAUGAAGUGCCUAGAAAAGAUCAUGAAGUUCAUACUAUGCAACCUAAAGAUGGGAUACCAAGUUUAUCUAUCAGACUACGAGUAUAUAAAACAAUUAAUAGAUUGUGAAAUUAAUUAUGGAAAUUUGGUGAGCGUUGACCUACUUGUGACUUUGUCACUUGCCGAAAUGAUUAAUACUAGGUAUUACUCAUCUCUCAAUUAUGUCAAAUUGGCAUUGUGGCGGAAUGAAUUAGAUACAAAUUGUUGGAGGAUCAUUUUCACACUAAAGCGCAUAAAUAAACAACAAAAUCACCAUCAUCUUGUUAGAAUUUGCAAUGAAGGCAUAAGAAAGCGGGUGUUUAAAGGUAACCGAAUAAAAUUUCAUUCGGGACAACGCGUCCGGGCGAUAUAUGCACUCCGAUAUACUACUAAUAUCGACCUAACACAAUUACCUGUUGAAUCAUUAUCAAUUGUGUUGAUGAAAACAUUCAAAUUAGCCAUACAUUUGGAAGGUAAACUAUUGGAUUGUGACUGGUGGUUCCCUUGGGAAAUGCACAUUGCUAAAAGCAUCAAAGCACAAAAUGCAGUUCAUAACAUACAAUAUGAUGUGUUAAUAAAUGGUAAAAUUUCCAAUCUAACUAACAAAUACAAAAACAGCAAACGAUCAAAUGAUAAAAUAUUGGAAAUUUUACUCCAAAAUUUGUUUAAAAAUGACAUAAGUGGUAUAAACGAUACCCUAUGGGUACUAUCUGAUAUUGAAUUUCCAUUGUGUAAAAAUGAAAAGGUUUACGAAUUAUUCAUCGUUUUGUGGGCCCUGUGUCAUGCCGGCUAUGCAAUGGCAGUGAUUGAUUUGAUUGGCUUAAAUACCAAAGGCGAUCCGCAUUCAUCGUACCUGGCCUUAUAUGCCCAAUUGUGUCUGACAAAGAAUGUAUACGAAAGUAAAUUAUUUGGGAGGGUGCGUAAUGUAAGAAAGAAAUAUCUGAGUUUCCAUAAGUUGACUAGGCUAGAGGCUAGGUUGCAUCUUGCUGCCGGGGAGUUUAUUAAGGCUAAAAGACUGUUUUUUAGGGCAAAGAAGGGUUAUUUUAUGGGUGCUAAAAGCGGGAAAUGUGAUGAAAAAUUGUUGUCUACCCUAGUAGAUAACAUUUGCUUUAGUCAUUCCAUCACAUCCACAGAUAUUCUGUGUGAGAAUUAUUGUAGAAAGCGUCUAAAAUAUCAAGCGUUAUAUUUAUAA